AUGGCAUCAACUACACGGGGCAAUAACACCUAUCAUCCUGUUCCGCGUUUCGACAUGGCAGCAGACAACGGUCCUUUGUUCUUGGGCGCGAUAUUCACAGACCUCGGCCUCGGACGCGCUGCUUUGAACCGGUCAAGCCGCAUCAAAAUCCGAGAGGAGCUGAAAUAUGCUCCAGUUCCCCAGAGUGGCUUUUGCGAAACCUGCUCAAAGGUCCGAGAAGGGAAGUUUGAGGCCUGGGUCAAAGCCUUCAGUGAGUAUGCUCGUGGUUCAGCAGCCAUCUCGGGCUCGAGCGACGCAGAAAACACUAUCACUUGCGAUGAGGUCUUGACAACGUACUUUGACCCAGAUGACAACUUCCUUGAUGCCACUUUCGCCAUCCCCCAGGUCCAGCUAGUACUUGAGGGCUCUUCUAAGUGGACAUCUGUGUUCUACAUGAUCACUGGGCUCAAGGUGGCUAAAGGCCUGGAGUACAACAAGUCCAAUACGAGUCAAGCAGAAGUCGAAGGACAGCUUGGUGUACAGGAACCACGGACAGGUACAGGGGCCGCUUUAAGCGGCAACAUACGCCGAGAGAAGAAUCGCAGUCUAGAGUUUUCUGUUUCUGAUAUCGUCGUCGGUUACCGUGUCAAUAAGUAUCGUUGUGUUCGGCGGCUUAACCUCUUCAAUAAAGAGAGAAAGUUCAUAGAUGAUGGACUCGUCAGAGGUGAAAUGAUGGAUGAUAUGGAGGACGAUGCCCCACAGCCACACGUUUCUUUCGAGUACUUACGCUUGUCGGAUGAAGAAAUAGCAUGA